GGACAUGCAGUCAUCGCCGCUCCACAGCGCCCCGCUCCGGCCUGCGCCUGCACUGCGACGAGAAGCCGCGCGCGCCCGGUGAGCGACUGCCGCUGAAGAGACGAGACCGCUGUCUGCACUCAGCCUGACCCGCGACUGGCAAUGGAGUACGUGAACAACGCUUCGAACAGCUACAGUUCUGGAGACACCAUGAGCAGCUCCUUAGCCAACAUGACCAUCAAGGAUCAGCACCAUCAGGAGAACGGAGUCAAAAUGAAAGUACGUAGCCUAGCUUUCCCCAGUUUACAGCCCUCACUAGUGCAUUCGUUCUCCCCGUUUCCAUUUCCCAUCAUCUUAUGUGCUAACAGGAAGCAGCGCACAGAGUCAGGUCCAUCUGCAGGGGUAAACAACACAUGUAUCAGCAGUGAAACACAAACAGAGGCGCCUGCAGAGAAAGCAGGAGCUGAAGAUACAGAGAGCACCACGAGCAAAGACGAGGGGCAACUCGCAGCAGGAGCGUCUUCAACAGCUCAAGGAGUGAUGGAUAACGGAGAUAAGACUCAAACUGCCACAACACCGACCUCUUCCCCUCAAAGACCGUCCAUAACCGCCAAGGGCACCAAAUCACCCGCAUCCUCCCGAAAUGGCCACAGCUCGAUCCCCAUUAAAGUCAGCAGCACAGGGCCCAGACAGCCCGGAAGCGGUGCAAAGUCUCAGACUCCAGGGGCCAAAACUUCUGCCAGAACUGCAGCUCAACCAGCUCGUGCCAACAAAUCCCUCACUCCAAAAAAUGAAAAAGAUGCCAGGAGUGGACAGAGCAGCCCCGGCACUCCCAAAUCCCCCGCUAGUCAAUCAAAUUCUGCAAAGUCGGGGGCUGAUGCCAACAAAGUGAAGAAGGUGGCUGUGGUGCGCUCCACCCCCAAAUCCCCGGGCUCGCUGAAGAGCCGUCCACCGGCUCCUCUGGCCGCCGCGGCGCCGCUGCCAGACCUGAAGAACGUCAGGUCCAAGAUCGGCUCCACAGAAAACAUCAAGCAUCAGCCCGGAGGGGGAAAGGUACAAAUCCUUGAUCAGAAGUUGGACUUUAGUAAUGUGCAGUCUAAGUGUGGCUCCAAAGACAAUAUCAAACAUGUACCCGGUGGCGGCAAUGUCAAAAUCCUCGAGAAGAAGCUGGACUUAAGUAACGUCCAAUCUCGCUGCGGUUCUAAAGACAACCUAAAGCACACGCCUGGUGGAGGCAAGGUGCAAAUUCUCGAUAAGAAGUUGGACUUGAGCAAUGUGCAGUCCCGGUGUGGCUCCAAAGAUAAUAUAAAACAUGUACCCGGUGGUGGCAAUAUUCAAAUCGUGCACAAAAAGAUCGAUCUGAGCAACGUUACAUCUAAGUGUGGCUCGAAGGACAACAUUCAUCACAAGCCGGGUGGUGGAAACAUUGAGAUCAAAAACGAGAAGCUGGAGUUUAAAGUUCAGUCCAAAGUGGGCUCUCUGGGCAACAUCAGCCACAUUCCUGGAGGCGGGCAGAGGAAGAUUGAGAGCCACAAACUGAACUUCCGCGAGACAGCCAAGGCCCGCACUGACCACGGCGCCGAGAUCGUCUCCUUGGAAGACUCCCCUCACCAGCUCAGCACCGUGUCCUCCUCUGGCAGCAUCAACAUGACCGACUCUCCGCAGCUCUCCACGCUGGCCGACCAGGUGUCCGCCUCCCUGGCCAAACAAGGCUUGUGAACGCGCCCGCCGCACUCCCCGCCUCGACCGCACGACCACGUAGAGGAGUUGUGAUGCCUUCCUCGUUACUUUCACAGGACUUUUAUUUGAUUUUUUUAGCUGCCCGUCACUGUUUAUCCUCCACUAACCUUUGAAUCUCGUCGAGGCGUUGCUAUUAGAGGUCUUAAAAAAGAAAACAGAUUAACCAGUAGGCCAACAUGUAUUGAAUAUCUCUCUGUGGUCUUUGAUCUCUACACUUAAUUUGAACCUUUUGUAAGUGUCCCUUUAAGAGUUAAAGCACCCCAGCAGAGCAAAAUCCUCCCUCUGAGGAUCUCCGUACAUAUCCCGCUAAAUCGUCUAAGACUCGGUUUCCUGUCACAUUGACUGUAAACCCUUUUAGAAGUGUAUCUUAUCAGCGUCACCUUUGACGGGUGUCCCCUUAUUCUUUUUUAUUUAUUUAUUUUUUGAUAAAAAACAGAACCUUGAAGAUGGAGGUUAAUGCAGACUGUUUGUGGGACGGGGGUGGGGGUCCGUUUGUGCUAAAGCAGAGGGAUCAGAUACAGGGUCCGGUGAAGUGGGCGGAGGAACAGUUAGAAGAAAAAGUAGCAAAUAUUUCUCGUCAAGGCAGAAAAAAAAAAAGCUUUCAGACCUCACUGCUGUCUUUGCUUUGCGUAGUCCCGACAUGUGCUGCACCUCGAGCUACUGCAGGAGACUGCGGGGUGGGAGGGGAGGUGGGGGCGGAAGUGAGACCGCAGAGAGAACGGCGACUGAUCGCGUCGCCUUCACGCGACUUUUUACGGGAUGCGCCGAGCUCAGAUGUUCGCUCAGAGCCGCGAGAUCGAGCAGAAAGAGAGAAAUUACACCUAACGGAGGGUUGAGAGAGGCCUUUACCAACGGCAGCUGUGCUGUUUAACUCUUCCCUGCUUAAUAGGAGAAACAUGGCCGAGUGUGCAUCAGAUGGGAGUGAGGGUGAUCUUCAACUUGUUCUAACGGCCAUUGAAACAUUUGUUAAUCGAUAAAUACACUGAAGCAUCAGGUUUUUGUAGUUUUUUUUAAAGUAGCUGGCUCAUUGUUGUGGCGACGAUACUGUAAAGUUGUGCUGUCUGCUGCGACCUGGAGGGUCGUCCUGGUUUUAACAGUGGAUGUCAGCGGUGAUGGAUGACUGAGUCUAAAACACUAAACCCGCCACAGGUUUGACAUUUAAACCAUUAGAAUCGCAGCAGAGAGCACGAGCACUCCAAACCAAAGCCCGAGCGGUGACAUCACCGUCACCACCAGCUUCCAGUGCCAGUUGCACGGUUACAGCGUGGUGGCACUUUCACAGGUUCAAACUUCCACUGCAGAGGUGUGCUGCAGCACGCUGGGAACAUUUCACCUUAAAUAUGGAAGUUAAAGGGCUGGUCGAGCGUUGUAAGAACACUAAAGCUAAAUAAUGAAAAUUUUAAAAAACAAUGUCCAAAAGUGUGAAAACCCCACAUUUCUUUUUUUGUUUUAUUUGACUUAUUUAAGCUGGUUUUUGUUCCCCGCUGUUUCCUGUUCUCAGCUGACCGUGUGAGUCAUUCGGCUCAGAAUGAUCAAUUAUCUGAGCUCGGUGACGAAGCGAGGGGCUGCUGCCUCUCCGCGGUCUCAUUUCUGGCGCUCUCCCCGCGUCGUAGGUGAGGGAGGGGGAGGGGAGCGUUACCUGGAUUUAAAAAAAUACAGAAAAAAGACGACGUGAAGAGCUAGAGUAGAGACUUUGUGUUGGGCACAGUUUUAUAAUCGUACUCUGUGGAUAUAUGACAUGUAUUUGAUAUGAAGAAACAUUUGUAUCGUGCCUGCUACUGUCAGUGUUCUUUUUUUUUUACUGCUCUGUGUAAAUGCGCUACAGCUUGAGGAGGGAAAAUUAACCUUAAAGUGACAUUUUCAUAGCUAAACUGUGAGGAGGAUGCUGAGUACAGUAUUUAUGCACUUACAGGUAGGUAGACUAAAGUUUUCACAGCGGUGACACAAACACCGAAAACGGCUGUUUUACUGUUAAUGGAUCAUUUGUACGGAGAAGAUUGUGAUUGUUGCACGGCAGGCGGACGGUGGACGGUGAAGACCUCGUUAGGCAGUCUGUAUCCAACACACAUGCACCUGAAACACAGGACUGAUUAGCUGGUCGUGUUUCUCGCUCCCUGCAAAGUAGCAAAAGUGCACUUCGUGGCAAAAGUUUGUGGACGCAUGAGAGCUUAUCUGCUGCAGAUUUUUUAGCGGUAGUCCAAAAGUCACGAGCGAGGCUUGAUGAGCGUCACAGGAAGUGUUUGGUGGGCCAGAGGAGACCUGAACGCCACAGCACACAGUGGUCCCAGAUGACAAAAAGAAACCUCAGACUUGGGCCGGAUAUUACUUGCCAUUUGGGUUUUGGUGCUUUCUCGGAUUCAUUUGAUGAGCCGUUACAUUUAACUAUGACUCAGUGUUUAAAUAACUUUUAGAAAAUGUGUCUAAAUUCUCAGUAAAUAUUGACCAAAGGACUGAACAGGAAUAUUUAGAGGAGGCGAUUAUUUCACUGCCUUCAUGGUGCUUUAGCCACAGGCGCAUCAUUUGGCCCUAACAGCCAGCACUUAUUUCCACUGUGAGGUUUGUUGUUUGAACAUGGAGGCAGCCUCAAGUGGCCAUCAGAGGAACUGCAGGUUUUGGCACUGGGUUUUGGCACCCGUCAAAGUUACUAAACGAUAGAUAGACCUGCCUUUUAGCAACAAAAGUGCCCGAGUAUCAGAUGAUCCCUUUUAAAUGGUUGAGCCAGACAGGUGCAUCCACUUACUUUUGUCCACGCGGUGCAUAUGUGGUCACGUUUUUGUGUUCUCCAGCUGGAGCCAGGUUAAGACGUUCCCCUGCAAACAAACCCAGUUCAUGUGCUCAGAGACAUCCCGAUGUGGUCCCCCCGCUGAUUCAUUAGUCGCAUUAAAAUGAGUGAAACAGCUUCUUGCAUGCAGCUCAUGUAAGAGACAGCCGUCUGCUUGUUGCCCCCCUUUCACAAAGCGAUCUCUCUGUAUAUCCUGUUUAUAUUUGCUCUGGAACUGGACGGAUGUACCAAUUCUUCUUUUUUUUGUAUAAAAAAUGUGCAAUUAAGAGUCAAAAGGUCACCGACUUUGCUGUAAGGUUUCCUAAACGAGCAAGCACACGAAAAGCUUGCAACAUUAUCUGCAUGCUAAACUCUCUUUAGUUCCAGGUCCAUGCUCGUCUCCGCGUGCAAGACGGACGCGAGCACCCAGGGACGGGAGCCGAUCUCCGAGAGGUUUCCACAGUAACAAAACUCGUCACCUUCUUUCGUUUUUGUUUUCCUCUCUUCGGGGUUACUUCUGACGCUGUACAGUUGUGGAAAUGUGAUUGUUCUCGUUAUUGUGCAUUUUCUCAAUAACUGGUUUAUGAUGAUUCUUGUUGCUGUAUAUGUGUAUUUGAAAAUAAAUGCUAUGAAGUCACCGUGAUGGUGAAGGAGUGCAAAAAAAAUCACUCCCAGAUCA